GCUCCGCGAAUCUUGAUGGGUGAUGGGAGUCACGGGAUUGGGCGGUUGCGCACCGAGUCGAACGGGGACCGAAACAAAAGCCCCUUGAGGCCUUUCCGGAGUCCGAUUCCGUGCGUCAGGAGCAUCGGCUCGUUUCCACGGAAGAAGAGAGGCGCCCCUGGCCCUCUGGUUCCCAUCAGAGCGCACGGCGAGAAGGCCAAGAAGCCAGAGCUCGCGAUUCCGAUGGCCGCCGAGACGGAGGAGGAUCUGCUCCUCAAAAGCUUUCUGGCUGAGGUCAGCGAAGUCGAGAGAGACAACGAGGUCGUCAGGAUACUUUCAUGCUUCAAGUUGAAUCCUUUUGAGCAUCUCAACUUACCUUUUGAUUCAUCAACCAAUGAUGUGAAGAAGCGAUAUCGAAAGUUGUCUUUGCUGGUUCACCCUGACAAGUGCAAGCAUCCACAAGCAAAGGAGGCUUUUUCAGCAUUGGCAAAAGCCCAGCAGUUACUACUCGAUCCGCAGGAAAGGGAAUACCUUCUUACUCAAAUAAAUGCUGCAAAAGAAGAGCUAAGGAUGCGGAGGAAGAAACAGUUGAAGAAAGACAGUGCUUCUAAAAUAAAAGCACUAGUUGAUGAGGGAAAAUGUGAGCAGCAGUUUGAGCAAUCAGAAGAAUUCCAGCAGCAAUUGAAAAUGAAAGUGCGUGAAAUUUUAACUCAGCAAGAGUGGCGUCGGAGGAAAAUGCAAAUGAGGAUAUCGGAAGAGGAAGGAAGACUGAAGAAGGAUGAAGAAGAGACUAAGGAAAUGUGGAAAAGGAAGCGUGAGCAUGAGGAACAGUGGGAAGAAACAAGAGAUCAGCGAGUUUCCAGCUGGAGAGAUUUCAUGAAGACUGGAAAGAAGGGUAAAAAGGGAGAGACCCGACCACCAAAGCUCAAAACAGAAGAUCCCAACAGAUCUUACGUGCAAAGGCCGGUAAAGCGAGUGUGAAUCGCAACGAAGAUUGCUGCACCUUAAAGUAAAGUGGACAAACAGAUUUGACUCCCUUAAGCGUAUCUUGAAUCCCAGGGAUUCCAUGUUUCUCCUGGUCAUGCGCUGGAGCAAAGCUCUUAUCCUCCUUUCCUGCUUUUCUUUGGUUUUUCACUUAUCUACAAGGAGGUUAUGUUUUCAAGUGAUUUAAAUUUUUAUGUAACUUCAAAAACAAUUGGUAUGAGGACAAGGAAUUCUACGUUUCUUUAGGAGGGAGAAAAAAAAAAGAAAAGGAACAGAGGGAGAUCCACCUGCAAUAUAGUCAACCAGAUUCACUAUCA